AGUUUUGUGAGAAAAAUUUAUAGAAAAAAAGAAGAAAUCACUAAUGUCAUUUAAAAAAGAAAACAUUGCAAAAAUAAUAUUGAUAAAACGUAUUUUUGAUUAUGGGAGGUAAAUAAGUUCAAAAGUAAAAAUUCACUUAUUAGAUAUGGAUCACAUUUUUACUAUUAGCAAAAAACCCAGUAGGUCGUUAAAUCUAUACAAACAAAAUAUAUUCAACAAAUUAGAAAAGUCGAUCUUAUGUUCGAUUUCUAGUACCAAUGUUAUUGCCUUCAGUACUGAAAGUAAUAUAGAAGAAUGUAAUUCUUUAUAUUGGAGUUCUAAUGUAUAUGUCGCCGAUUUAAACAGUCCAUGGCAAAUCCAUAAAGUACUGAGUAAUUCAUCAUCGGUAACAGUGCUACAAUGGGAUUUCACUGGAGAACUUUUACUAAUAGCAGACGAAAGCGGAUACGUGAGAAUAUAUUCUGCUAAGGAUCAUAUAUUAAAUGAUUGGAAUAUUGUAUUACAAACUGUUUUACAGGGAGAACAUAUUUUAGCGGCAGCGUUCUUUCAUUCCGGUAAAAGGAUAUGUUUGAAUGUAGAUAAAAAAGAUAGUUCUUCAUAUAUUGAAAAGUUUCAACACGUGAAAUUUGCAUGUUCUGUGAAACAGUUUGGAAGUAAACCCGCCAAAGGUGCCCUAUUGCUUACAACUACAGGCAUGUUGGCUGCUGUGUUACUUCCGCAACCCACUUGCCAAACUCCAAUGAUAAUGGCAACUGAAAGUUUGGGACCUACAAGAAUAUUUAUAAAGACUGCUGAUAUUUGUUAUGGAAAAAAUGGACAUUUCUUGUUAGCGGUUAGCAGUGGUGAUCCUUCGAUGCCAAUACAAUGUUACAAAGUAUCUGUAAAGAAAGAAGACGAAAAGUGUACCAUCAAAAGUCAAUCUUUACUUAGUUUCUUCUUAAACGAAGCUCCCAAAGAGGCGUUAAUGGAUCAAAUAACAAAAGAAAGAAACUGUUCUGUGAGUCAUAUAAAAUGGAUAAUGCGAGAAGAUGCUGAUUCUUUAGUCGUUGCUGCCAGUAGUCAAAAAAUGAGCUGUCUACAAGUAUGGGAACUCAGAGAAAAAGCUCUACCAGUUCAUAAGUCGUUGGGAAAAGCGGAUACUCCACAAUUUUUUAAUACUGUGUUGUGGCAACACCAAUGUCACUUCCAAUACAACAGCUUGGUGACUUCUCUAGCUACUAGCAAACUAAGUCUAAUGAAUAAUAUAUCGUGCGGAUAUGUAGUAGUUACAUUUGCGGAUAAUUCUAUCCAUUGUCUUUAUAGAGAUACGUUGAAACAGAUAGUGUUUACUACGUUAUCCGUUGUACCAAGAUAUUUGGAUGAACCUAAUGCUAAAUAUCAAAAAGUGAGGACAAACAUAUCCAGUAUUGAUUUAUCUUGGUUGGGAAAUGUACUUUUAUGUGUAGAUUCCGAUGAUAAUUUACAUUUAUUCAAACUACCACCUCAGAUUGACAGUUCGGUUCCUUUGAGCGUACCAUAUUGUACGACAAUUCUGGAAUAUUGCCUAGUUAGCGGAUUAGACUGGCUCGAUUUGUUAUUAGUUCUACGACCAAGUAUGCUAGAUGCCAUUUGCGAUAGGUUAACGGAGAGUUUUAACAGACAACCACCAUCUGUUCAACAGUUCUUCCACGUACAAUAUUUGUGUAUAAAAAUAUCCCUUCAUAGGUUGAGUUUUCAGGGGCAAGGAAAAGCGAACGAUUUAUCACAAUUUAUGAUGCUGCACAGUAUAUCGACCGCUUUUAAAAGUCUUCUAAGACCCAGCGAGAUGAAUAGUCACGAAAAGAGUCCAGCUGAUUCAUUAGCCGGUGUUAUAGCUGAAGGUCAAAGUGAUGUCGACAAAGCUCUUACCUUGAUGCAUCUGGAAGCUAAAGAUUUCACUGUGGAAACGACGACGCUUCAAAGUUUGCAACAGCUCAUUCAAUGGGUGGCAGAUUUGGCACUCAAUCUUCUUCUUAAACUACCGGAUAGUCGACCGGCUCCUGGAAAAUCGUACGAAUUAUUAAGAGAUGUUAAGGCGUUAAAUAUGCUUAGAGAAAUGUUGGUACUAAUACGGAUUUGGGGAUUACUAAGACCAGCAUGUCUUCCAGUUUUCGUAAAGAGUGACACCAAUUUGGACGUAUUGGCGCUGGUAUUCCGAUUAUUGAGCAGACUGGUACAGAACGUCAACGAACCUGAUGAUACUUUAAUUGACGAUUGUUGCCAAUUGCCCAGUCAAGUGGUACAGGUACCUUUACUACAACCGUGCAACAACAGAGUAGUUUUAGGAUCACCUCAAUUAGCUCAACAAAUUCUACCAUUGCAGUUAGAAUUCAAUACAGAACCGGAAUGUCUUGCUUAUAAUUUAGAAAAUAAUCCUAAUCAGACCAUAGAUGCCAUAAGGCAUUUAUACCUUGGAAAAUAUCCAAGGAAAGUUAAGCAAUGCGUUAGGUGUGGAGGAAGCGCCGGCACCGUACCCGUAACUAGAACCGCAGCUAUACGAGCAUGGGAUCAGAGAUGGAUGAGAUCGUGUCAAUGUGGAGGUCAAUGGAGAAUGCAGAUUUUUUGCGAUUGAAGAUAAUUAAAUAACAUCGAAUUGUCAUUUAUUUCUAAUAAAACUUUUUGAGAAAAA